AUGUUUGGCUCAGCAGGUGCUUCAAAUCUCUUCGGAGGCACGCAGCAGCCGAGUGGGGGAUCUUUGUUCGGAGCGUCAUCUAAUCAGUCAAAUGUUUUUGGAGCCGCUUCCGCAGCAAGCACUGGUGGGCUUUUCGGUUCUACACCAGCGAGCGGCGGUGCACAACAAACUCAAGGUGCGUUCGGAGGGUCAGGAAGUCUCUUCGGCGGCUCUGCGCCUGCUCAGUCAACUCAGCAAGCCCCUGGGCUUUUUGGAGGGCCGUCCAAUCCGCCCGCAACUGGCGGGAUUUUCGGUGCGCAAACACCCAAACCGUCUGGUGGAUUAUUCGGUGCUGUUGAGGCACCAAAACCCGCCACGGGACUCCUCGGCGCUGAAACGAAAGCACCCCCUACAAGCACGUUAUUCGGCGGAGUCAAGGAUGCUUCAGCGAAACGAAGUUUGUUCGGUGGAGCAGAAGUGCCACCGUCGGCACCUUCUCCCUUUGGCGCUGUAGAAACUAAGCCCUCUGCUACUCCAAGCCUGUUUGGAACGUUGGGAAAGGUGAUUAGCUUGUCAUUGGGGGCGGAAUCGGAUUCGUUUUGUUCUCAGGAUGUGCCACAAGGCGGUGGUCUUUUCGGUGCAACUACGCCACUUCAGUCUGACCCCAAGGAUCAAGCUAAACAGCAGCCAAAUGUCUCUCUGUUUGGGUCCACGUCUAACCAGUCGAAUCUUUUUGGAGCUACCAGCACAACAAGUGCUCCAACUACAAGCGCGCCCGCAACAAGCACUGGUGGUGGCCUUUUCGGUUCUGCACCAGCGAGUGGCGAUGCACAGCAAACUCAACAGCAAACUCAACAGCAAACUCAAGGUGCGUUCGGAGGGUCGGGAAGCCUCUUUAGCUCCGCGCCUUCUCAAGCAACUCAACAAGCGCCUGGACUCUUUGGAGGGUCGUCAAAUCCGCCCGCAGCUGGCGGGAUCUUUGGGGCUAAAUCGGCCAAACCAUCUGGUGGCUUAUUCGGCGCCAGUGAGGAAACAAAACCCGCCACGGGACUUUUCGGCGCUGAAGCGAAACCAGCAGCAGAAGUUGGGAAAGGGUCAACCACCAGCACUCUGUUCGGCAAAGAUGCAACAGCGAAACCAAGUUUAUUCGGGGCAGCAGAAGCUCCAACAUCUGCAACUCCAGCAGUGCGCUCCUUUGGUACUCCUGGCGAAACAAAGACACCCGCUACCCCAAACCUUCUUGGGGCAUCCCCCGGAAAGGUAAUCAGCUGCUGGUUGAUGGCGUUAUCGGAACCGUUUUUGCUCUCAGGACCCUGGCGUAGCACAAGCCAGUACUCUUUUCUCUGGAAGUACGGGAAUUCAUUAUGUUGA